UCGACUCGAUUUCCUUCCCAAACCUCGUUGACCCGAGGCAAACCCUAGAAACCUCCCGUCUAUCGCCGGUGCUCUUCUCCAGCCAUCGAUUUCAGGCUCCAACGUCUACUGAGAUCGAGAUGGCAGGCAUGGGAGAGGAGGGAUCGCCUGCGCUGGCCAGUCAUUCCAGUUCGGACUCCAACUCCCGCCGCGGCGUCCACUACCUCGCCAAGUGUGUCUUACGCGGAAGCGCUGUUCUACACGCUGUGCAGGGCCACUUCCGUUCGCCUUACUCCAAGGACAUCGUAUUUGGCAAGGAAACAUCACUAGAAUUGGCAUCAAUUAACGAAGAUGGCAUCAUACAAUCAAUAUUUGAACAAAGUGUUUUUGGUACAAUUAAAGACAUUGCAGUCCUACCCUUGAAGGACAGACACCGAGGGUCUCCAUGUCAAGGACAAGGAAAAGACAUCUUGCUUGUUCUUUCUGAUUCUGGAAAACUUUCAUUGCUUACUUUCUGCUCGGAGAUGCAUAGGUUCUUUGCAAUGACACAUAUUGAAUUAUCCAAACCUGGAAAUACAAGGCAUCAACUAGGUAGAAUGUUAGCUGUCGAUCCUGGAGGAUGUUUUGUCGCUGUUAGUGCAUAUGAAGAUCAAUUUGCAGUAAUAAAUCUAGCCAUAUCUUCUGAAAGGAAUGUUGUUUAUGAGAAAAUUUAUUAUCCUCCGGAAAGCAAAAUUGAUGCAAGCAAUGGACGGGACACUUUGGGCUCCAUUGUCCGGGGUACAAUAUGGAGUAUGUGCUUCAUUUCACAUGGUACUUAUCAGACAAAAGGAUAUAAUCCCCUUAUGGCGAUUAUUAUGAACAGGAAAGGUUCAUUAAUGAAUGACUUGCUACUGUUUGGAUGUGAUCCGUAUUCACGGAUUAUUCAAAUCAUUUCUCGGUAUUUUGAAAGUGGCCCUUUAGCACUUGAUAUAUCUGCGAUCCCUCAUCUCCCUGGCUUUGCUAUUCUUUUCAGAAUAGGUGAGAUGCUUUUGAUGGAUCUUACAGACCCUCAAAAUGUCUGUUGCUAUCACAAGAUAAGCUUUGAUGUGCCUCUUUUGGUUGAAGAUAAAGGUUAUUUUGAUGAGUCUUGUAAGAUAUUAGAUGUUGAUGAUGAAGGUAUGUUUAAUGUUGCUGCCUGUGCUUUGCUGGAGUUAAAAGAUUCAGCAGCUGAUAUGUAUAAAAACGAUGAUCCUAUGAGCAUUGAUAGCAGCAAUGGAAAAAUUUCUUCAACUACUAAGCUUGUAUGCUCAUGGACUUGGGAACCUGCUACCUCCUUGGAUUCUAAGUUGUUAUUGUGUUUAGACACCGGGGAACUAUUUAAGGUUGAAAUUUCUUCUGGUGCUGGUGGAGUUCAAAUUAAUUUGUCAGACUGUCUCUACAAGGGCAUGGCUUGUAAAGCACUCCUAUGGACAAGUUGUGGAUUAAUUGCAGGUCUAGUGGAGAUGGGAGAUGGGUUUGUUCUUAAGCUAGAACAUGAUAGAUUAUCCUACAAAAGUUCUAUCCAAAAUAUCGCUCCAAUUUUGGAUAUAUCACUUGCUAAUUAUUACGAUGAGAACCAAGAUCAAAUGUUUGCUUGUUGUGGAAUGAAUCCUGGAGGUUCAUUAAGAACCGUUCGAAGUGGUAUAUCUGUAGAAAAACUUUUGAGGACUGCACCUAUUUAUCCAGGAGUAACUGGUAUGUGGACCUUGAGGAUGAAACAAAGUGACUCUUAUCACUCUUUCCUUGUUUUGUCCUUUGUUGAAGAAACUAGAAUAUUAUCAGUUGGUUUAAGCUUCAGUGAUGUAAGUGAAGCAGUUGGCUUUCAGCCUGAUGUAUGUACUUUGGCCUGUGGUUUGUUUGCUGAUAGAAUGCUUGUACAAAUUCAUAGGUGUGGUGUAAAACUCUGUUUACCUUCUUCAUCUGCUCAUCCUGAGGGCAUACCUCUUUCUCAACCAUUUUUUUCUUGUUGGUCUCCCAAUAAUAUGACAAUUAGUGUUGGCGCUGUAGGUCAAAAUUUGGUAAUCGUAGCUACCUCUAAUCCUUGCUUUCUUUACAUUCUUGGUGUCCGAUCAAUAUCAGCAUUUAAUUUUGAAAUAUAUGAGAUUCAGCAUGUCAGACUGCAGUAUGAAGUUUCUUGCAUUUCUAUUCCAUUGAGAAAUGCCAAUUCUAAACAUUUGGCCUCAGAAGUUACACCAAAUGUCAAGGAUCAUGAAGCUAGUUACAUUGAUAAAUGUGAUAUUAAUACUGCUUUUGUCAUUGGUACACAUAAGCCAUCAGUUGAACUUCUAUCAUAUGGCCAUCAAGAUGUGUUCAGAGUGAUUGCUGUAGGAGCUAUAGAAGUGAGCAAUGCACUUGGUAGUCCUAUUAGUGGAUGUAUUCCAGAAGAUGUUAGGCUUGUAUCAGUGGAUCAUCCUUAUGUUCUCGCUGGGCUGAGAAAUGGAAUGCUUCUUCGUUUUGAGUGGUCUGCUCAGACAGAUCCAAGCAGGCAUAGUGGUUUUACUAGGUCUUGUUUUAAUGACUUUGGAAGUCUUUCAUCAAGUGUGGAUAGUUUAAAUUCUUAUUAUAGUGCAAUGGAAGAUACUAAAGCUCCCACGCCUAUUUUUUUGCAAUUGAUUGCUAUUCGACGCAUAGGAAUUACUCCUGCUGUUUUGGUACCAAUGAAAGAAUCACUUGAUGCAGACAUAAUUGUACUCAGUGAUAGGCCUUGGUUACUAUAUACAGCAAGGCACAGCCUUGCAUAUACAUCUAUCUCAUUUCAGCCUGCUACUCAUGUGUCUCCUGUCAGUUCUGUUGACUGUCCUAAGGGGGUUCUGUUUGUUGCAGAAAACAGCUUACAUCUGGUUGAAAUGAUACAUUGCAAGAGACUUAAUGUGCAAAAGUUUUCCAUUCAUGGCACUCCAAGGAAACUUUUAUAUCAUAAUGAAAGUAAGACUUUACUGGUGCUGAGAACUGGACUAAAGGGUGGACCAUGCUCAUCAGACAUAUGUCGUGUAGAUCCCCUUAGUGGAACAUUGCUUUCAAAAUUUCAGUGUGAACCUGGGGAAACAGCAAAAUGCAUGCAAAUAGUGAAGGUAGGAAAUGAACAAGUCUUGGCUGUGGGAACCAGUCAAUCUUCUGGCAGGAUUAUUAUGCCUAGUGGUGAAGCUGAAAGUACAAAGGGCCGACUGAUUGUGUUGAGCUUGGAUUUCACAUAUAGUUCCGAGGGGAGCCCAAACCACUGCUCUAAUUUGAAUCUAUCUUCCCAAAGUGGCUCUACAUUUGGGGAGAUAAUUGGCCAUGCUGGUGAAGAAUUGUCACUUAAUAGUCAGUGCAGCAGCCAAGGUGAUAUUUGUUGUGAUGGUAUUCAUCUUGAUGAAACAGGGGCAGGGCAAUUGCGAUUAGUUUCCCAGGCCUUAGCAUCUGGUGCUGUACUGUCAGUCUGCUCUUAUCUAGACCAGUUUAUCUUGGCUUCUGCUGGUAAUACUCUUAAUGUUUUUGGCUUUGCAAAUGAGAACCCUCAGCGGCUGAGAAAGUUUGCUACGGGCAGGACACGUUUUGCCAUUACUUGUUUGAAGACAUUUUAUAAUAGAAUAGCAGUUGGUGAUUGCCGUGAUGGUAUCCUUUUUUAUUCGUAUCAUGCGGAUGUUAAAAAAUUAGAACUCUUGUAUUCUGAUCCUGCUCAGAGAUUGGUUGCUGAUUGUGCUCUGAUGAAUCGUGAUACUGCCAUCGUAUCAGAUCGUAAAGGGAACAUUUCUGUUUUGUCAUGUCCCAAUACUUUAGAAGCCAAUGAAUACCCUGAGAAGAACCUGGUGCUGAAUUGUUCAUUUUAUAUGGGUGAAACUGUUAUGAGCAUUGUAAAGGCUCCAGUUCCAUGUAAACUUCCAGUAGAUAAUUUUCCCAAUAAAUCUAUUGGUGUGGAGAUAGUUCAGAAAUCUUCCUAUGAUAGUAUUGUCGCAAGCACGUUGCUAGGAAGUGUCUUCAUCCUCAUUCCUAUUACAAGUGAAGAAUAUGCAUUGUUAGAUGCCGUCCAAGAUCGACUUGCAGUUCAUUCUCUGACUUCUCCUGUUCUAGGAAACAACCACAGGGAAUACCGUGGGCGUGGAUUUCCGUCGGGAGUUCCUAGCAUACUCGACGGAGACAUGCUCAUGCAGUUCUUGGAGCUAACAAGCAUGCAGCAAGAAUCUGUACUCGCUUCAUCAGGAGGUGGAUCAAACUCCCAUGCAUUGGCUUCAGAGUCGCAUCGCCAUCCUCUCUACUCCAACCAGGUUGUACACCUACUCGAACAAAUUCAUUACACACUCAACUGAGCUCCCCCUUCCGUCUGCUCGCGCAUCCCCUCAUCGGGUGUCUACUGAUACAACUCGAGGACUUGCAACGCUGCUAGUGAUCAACACCAGUGAUCUCCUUUUGUCGCACCGCAUGCAGAGAUGGAUCCGGAAUCCCCAAAUAAGUAAAACCAAUCUCACUGCGACUUUCAUUUGGAGUUUUCGACUCUGCAUCGCGUUUGUUUCGAGUGCCCUGAUUUGUUUGUUCUUCCGAUAUGAAAUAUGUACCAAGCUUGUUAGAUGGAAGUGGUUUAUAGUCGAUGCAGAGAGUUGUUGAGCAAUAAUUUGUAUUAAAAGGAAAAAGCUAUACAAUUCUCCCACUGAAUUAUACUUCAUUGUGUGAAUAAUGUUUCUUGGCUAUUUACCAUGGAAGUUUUCUUUUCAA